UCUCCGUGACGGAAUUAUAAAACAGAUACCAUUACUUCUUCUUCAACUAACUUCCACGGCAAAAUCAGAAUCCGAAACCUAAGCUCCUUCAAACAAACAAACAAACAAACAAAAAAUCCCUAAUUUCAUUCACUUCCAUUAUGGGCAGGAUCACCUCAUUCAAAGACGAGUUUACAUUCGAUGAACGUGUUAAGGAAUCAUCAGAUAUCAUCGCCAAAUAUCCUGAUCGAGUCCCGGUAAUUGCUGAACGGUUUUCAAGUUCUGACCUGCCUCAGAUGGAAAAGAAAAAAUAUUUGGUUCCCAGGGACAUGUCCAUUGGGCAAUUCAUCCACAUUUUAAGCGGUAGACUUCGCUUGACCCCAGGGAAAGCCCUCUUUGUGUUUGUGAACGAAACCUUACCCCAAACAGCCACUCUCAUGACUUCUGUUUACGAAUCCUCGAAAGACAAAGAUGGGUUCCUAUACAUGUGCUACAGCAGCGAGAAAACCUUUGGUUAAAGUUGUACAAGACCAGUUCGUUAGUUUAGAGUUUGGCUGUUCAUAUGAAUAAAAAAACAAUGUAAAGUCGUUACUGCUCAAAACUAUGGUCGUUGACAUGGAAAUUUGGAUUGUGUAGUCUGGUAUGAAUCUACUGUGAUCUUUGCUACUUUCAGUGAACUCGGGAUAAUUCAUUUGUUAUUAUUAAGUUCCCUGUUCAUGUGGACCUUUUUUUUUUCUUUUCUUUUCUUUUUUUAAAUUGAGCCAAACUCAUAUGAGAGUAUUUGGAAA